GGCAGUUUCCUCAUCGAUUUUCCGGUAACAAUGAUACAGCAAGCUCGAAAACUUUCUGAGGAGUACGAGAUAUCUGAUGUUUUAGGGAGAGGAGGAUUCUCAGUAGUCAGAAAAGGUAUUAGUAAGUCAAGGAGGGAGAAAAAAGAAGUAGCCAUUAAAACACUAAGAAGGAUUGGGCCAUCAGCUUUCUCAGGAUUUCCACCAAAUCGUAAUGCCCUCAAGAGUGUGUCUUCCAUGGUUCCUACAAGAAAGUCUAUGAUUUCUGAUGCCUUGCUGACAAAUGAGAUUUUGGUGAUGAGGAGGAUAGUUGAGAAUGUCUCACCUCAUGAAAAUGUGAUUGAUCUUUACGAUGUGUAUGAAGAUUCGAAUGGGGUUCACUUGGUGUUGGAGCUUUGUUCGGGAGGCGAGCUUUUCGAUAGGAUUGUGGCUCAGACAAGGCACACGGAAGCAAAAGCUGCUGAAGUUGUGAGACAGAUUGCAAGUGGUUUGAAGGCUCUUCAUGAGGCUAAUAUCAUACAUAGGGACUUGAAACCCGAAAACUGUUUAUUUCUCAAUCAAAGUCAGGAUUCUUCCUUGAAAAUCAUGGACUUUGGAUUAAGUUCUGUGGAGGAAUUCACUGACCCAGUUGUUGGAUUGUUUGGUUCCAUUGAUUAUGUCUCACCAGAAGCUCUUUCCCAAGGAACGAUUACCUCCAAAAGUGAUAUGUGGUCUCUGGGCGUGAUCUUAUAUAUCCUUCUCUCUGGGUACCCACCUUUUAUUGCUCAAUCCAAUCGCCAAAAGCAGCAACUGAUAAUGGCUGGAGACUUUAGUUUCCAUGAGAAAACUUGGAAGACCAUUUCUUCUUCAGCUAGACAACUGAUUUCAAGUCUGCUGACAGUUAACCCUCAGCAGAGACCCAGUGCCCAAGAGCUUCUAGAGCAUCCAUGGGUCAUGGGCAACUCAGCUAAACAAGAUCAAAUGGAUGCUGAGAUUGUAUCACGACUAAAGAGUUUCAAUGCCAGACGGAAACUUCGAGCUGCAGCAAUCGCUAGUGUAUGGAGCAGCACAAUUUUAUUGAGGACAAAAAAGCUGAAAUCCUUAUUAGGAACUUAUGAUCUCACACCCGAGGAAGUUGAAAAUCUCAGACUCCAUUUCAAGAAAAUAUGUGCAAAAGGCGACAAUGCUACUCUUCCUGAAUUUGAAGAGGUGCUGAAAGCAAUGAAUAUGUCUUCACUUAUCCCUCUUGCACCUCGCAUUUUUGACCUCUUUGACAAUAAUCGGGAUGGAACAAUUGACAUGCGUGAGAUACUUUGUGGAUUUUCCAGCCUUAGAAAUUCACGAGGUGAUGAUGCUCUUCGCCUAUGUUUUCAGAUGUAUGAUACAGAUCGAUCCGGUUGCAUCACAAAGGAAGAAGUGGCAUCAAUGCUUAGCGCUUUACCUGAUGAUUGCCUUCCAGUGGACAUCACAGAACCCGGGAAAUUAGAUGAAAUAUUUGAUCUGAUGGAUUCCAACAGUGAUGGAAAGGUUACCUUUGAUGAGUUCAAAGCUGCCAUGCAAAGAGACAGCUCCCUCCAAGAUGUUGUCCUGUCUUCACUUCGCCAAUAAAGCUUUUUGCAUGCACACCAUCCACAUUUCAGUAACAGAUCUGGACUUAAUUUCUAUAUUAUGUUGUCCAUUGGGGAAAGCAUAUUAUCAGAGACGAGGGGCAGCAGAAGUAUUAUAUGUUCAACUAUUUGGAUGAAAUUCAAUCAUUUUGACUCUCUUUAUGGAUAUUGGAUAUACAGAAAAACUCCAGAAACUUGUUUACCUCAAUGUAAAUUCAAAAACUUAGUUCAGCAAACAUUAAAAUACCCAUAUGAGCCAGUGCUUUGGCUCAAGAUGACACAUUUUACCACUAUAUUAGGAGGAGAACCCAUUCAAUCAUUUAUUUUUCACAGAUCAUCCAAAACAAAUAACAAAAGCUUGCUUAGAUUUCCUUUCACAUGCUAA